UAGGAUUCCCACAUAUUCAUGUGUCAUCAAUCAAGAUCUUAAUACAGGUAGCAGUGUUGAUAACCAAAAUAAUGAUUAUACUGCAACUUCUGGUGUCAAGAAUUUAUUUGCUACGUUUAACGAGGCUGAUGAUCAGAGACAAGCAGUAAAUGAAAAUGAUCAAACUGGAUUCCUUCCCAUUGAAAUGUGGAAAUGGUAUCUGUCACUAGGGCCACCAUCUGUGCAGUGUAGCAAGUGUAAAGCACUUAUGUGGAAUUUGGAGAGAAACAAUAAAUCGAAUAUGAAUGCUGCUCCAACAUUUUCGUUAUGUUGCAAAAAUGGAGCUGUCUUGCUCCCUCCAGAAGAAUUGCCACCAGAGCCCUUGGCAUCUCUUUUAAAUGGUGGUAGUAACUCCGCACAUUUUAGGCAAAACAUUCGAGUAUAUAACAACAUGUUUGCAAUGUGUUCGAGUGGAGGGAAAAUUGAUCACGGAAUAAACAAGGGUGGUGCCCCUUACUGUUUUAAGAUCAGAGGCAUGAACAUGCAUUUCAUUGGUAGUUUGUUGCCUCCUGAUGGGGAACACCCAAAAUUUUGCCAGCUGUAUAUAUAUGAUACAAACAAUGAGUUAUCCAAUCGUCUUGAUAUUGUUGGUGCUUCCAGAGACCAGGUCAAUAUUCAGAUUGUCCGUGAACUUUCAGGAAUGUUAGAUCAACAUAAUAAGCUGGUUAGAUAUUUCCGUACUGCAAGGGAAAGAUUCCACAAUAAGGAGUUGGAAGAAUUUAAACUUAUACUUAUAUCGAGCUAUGCUGAGAAUGGUCGUCCCAACCUUAUAGGUCCCUCCAAUGAGGUUGCUGGACUGAUUGUCAACCCUGAUGCUGACACAUCUGCUGUCCGUGAUGUUGUUGUGGAGACGCGUCACGAGGGUUUGAAGAGGGUGUUCGAGAUUGAUGCAUUUUUUAUGCAGCUACAGUUCCCGCUUCUUUUUCCUUUCGGAACGGACGGAUACCACAGGGAAAUACCACUUAUGAAGACUAAGAACACGCCCAACCAGACUUCCGAAGAUAAUCAUGAGUCUGAGCUUGAUAAGAAGCAUAGAGAAUGUGUUUCGAUGAAGGAAUAUUAUUGUUCGAAAUUAAUGAUUAGUCCUAGCGAAGCUAUGGAGCAGUACAGGCUUGAUUGGAUUUCUAGAUUCCAGACCACUAUCCGAUCUAAUUUGUAUACGUCAGUUCGUGAUGCUGUUCGAAGAGGCGAUAAUGACCCUUCACACGUUGGUAAAUGUGUGGUGUUGCCUGCUUCAUUCACGGGUUCCAAACGAUACAUGUCACAGUAUUUCAAGGACUCCUUGGCACUCUGUCGUAGCAUAGGUCAUCCAACAUUAUUUCUCACCAUGACCACUAACACAAAAUGGCCUAAAAUAACACAGUAUUUCAAGGACUCCUUGGACUGAAAUGAUGAAGUACCUUCCCGGCGUAGAUGUUUCCGAUGCUCCGGAUGUGACAACACGUGUUUUCAAGUUAAAGCUCGAUCAAUUGAUUGAUCUAAUUAAGAAAAAAAAACUACUUUGGGAAAUGCACAGGGUUAAUACACGUUAUUGAGUUCCAGAAGCGCGGUUUGCCACAUGCUCACAUGCUCAUUUGGCUACACGAUAAAGAUAAACCAAAGUCCAUUGAAGAUAUUGACAAUUUGGUAUCUGCUGAGAUUCCUGACCCCGAGAAAGACAAGAUUGGACAUGAGGCAGUUAAAAAUUACAUGAUUCACGGUCCAUGCGGCAAAGACAAGAGAGAUUCGCCCUGUAUGGUAAAUGACAGAUGUUUUAGACACUUUCCAAAAAAGUUUAAUGGAAUCACAUGUUUUGAUGAAUGUGGGUUUCCUGUAUAUCGUAGACGCAGAACUGGUAUUCACUACUAGAAAAACUGCC